AUGGACGAGCGCGCACCUUUCACACUGAGUAUCUUACCGGUGGAAAUUGUGGAAGAGAUCUUGUCGUAUCUGGACUUGGCAACUAUCAAAGCAUUACGUUUGAGUAGCCGUGCCAUACACAAGGAUUGCACAGGCUUUCGUUUCAAGCAUUUUCUACGCCAGAAGUCAUUCCCGCUCACACGAUCUGGCCUGCAGUAUAUCCAAGAUAUAGUUACACACCCUAUUUUGGGCGAUGCUGUGAAGAAGUUAAAGAUUUGGGCCAUCGUAUAUGAUCAAACCCCACAUGUCAAAGUCAUCGAAUCCUGGAAGAAACAGCAGAAACAGCAGAAAGAGCAUGAUGAUAAUGACGAUCCUAAUCUCAAGCUCACUGAAAAAGACUCGGAGCUUUCUCAAGCCGAAGCAUAUCUCAAAUGGCUUCAAGCCCAACAAGAGCUUCAAGACGAAAUUUCAUAUGACGAAACUGUCAAAGAGUUUAGCUUUUGUUUAGGUCAAAUUCGAAGGCUUGAUGAAAUUGAACUCGACGCUGUGAUCUGUCAAGGACCGAGCAAUACAAUGCCGACCGACGUUGGGAAAACUAACUGGUAUCCCGUGUGGAUGCGGGCGUCUCGCAAUUAUUGCAUUGCUAUGGAAGCUAUGACACUGAGCGAAAUUCAGUUAAAGAGUCUGAAUGUCUACCAACGGACUCCCAGGUGCAGUGUUCCCUUAUACGACAUUGAGACCCACCUCGAGAUGCUUCCUUCAGAUGCAUUACAUAACGUAGGCAAACAUCUCCAGCGGCUUUCUCUAAGCAUCUCGAACAAAGUUACCACAGGUGCAAUGGAUCGACCACCCCGAACGCCAAUUCAAUGCCAUGAGGUAGCCUGGUAUGGGAAAAGAAGUCCACACAUGCAAUAUGUUUCUUCACUUGGUGGGGAUCACUCCGAAGACGAUGAUAACUUGGACGGGCUUGCAAAGUUUCUGAGAUUGACGCCAAACCUGAAAUCUCUUGAAGUUCAUUUUUACAACACAAGUCUCCCUGGGAGGCUUGCUGGCUCUCAUCGGAUUAUUAAAAAUAUCAAUCGCAAAACCCUGGUACAUCAGCUUCGUGAAUGUAGCCUUCAAGGUAUCGGAGUUAGCCAAGACUCUUUGAUUCAAUUCCUCUCAGAUCACCCACUCAUUACUGAUCUCACCCUGUGUCAAAUCACUCUUCUUCAAGGGGGCUCAUGGUGUCCCGUUUUCACAGCUCUCGAAGAAAGAACGCCCCGUCUCGAGCGUCUUCAUCUUGCGACACUGAAAUGGGCCGGCGGUCACUCCGUCAAUUUGCAUCCCGUAUGGGAUGAUCUUCCCAAGGAGCUGGAAGAAAGCAGAUGCUCUUUUAUCUCCUAUGUCCAUACAAAGACUUUUGGUGCAAAAGACAUAUCCAAGGGACUUAAGUUUCGAGAGAUGCCAUCGGAACCUCAAUUUCAAUCAACCUUGGAAGCUCAACAAUGGCGAAAAUCCGUGGUAAUGCGUUAUGGGUUGCCUUGGGAGGAAAGGCCGAAGUAUGUUACUGGCAAUUUUGGAAGGAGAUAUUGA